AUGUUACUUCCUGUAUGGAGGCAUGGCCAGUUUCCAGCCCCGCGCUCCCGGUUCCUCCCCAGCCUGCGCCGGAGCCACAACUUUCAGGAGCAUGGACUGAAGGCGCCCUCGCCCCAGCGCCCCUCUGAGAUCCUUUGUGUUUUCCUCGGGCCCCCGGAGACGCCGCGCCGCGCCGCGCUCAACCCCGCCGUCGCCCGCCGGCUCUCCGGCUGCGCUGCCGACUCAAGUUGGGGAUCCUCGGCAGAUAACCGCCGUCGCGGCUCGCGGUUCCUGCCUGCCCCGGGCCCGGGGCAUCGCCGCCGUCCGCCGACUCCUGGUCCUGCCCGAUCGGCUCGCUCCGGUUUGAACGGAAAGCAGCCCUGCUCCGCCGAAAGGAUCGUCCCCAGCGUGGCUUUGCAUCCCCGGUCACUUUUUGAGAUUUUUUCGGGGGGCGCUCGGCGGCUUCCCGGAUUCCAGCGGGACUCGCCGCGGAGCGUGGGGAGCCCGUGCAGCAGGCGAGCCGGGAAAGCGCCCAGGUUUAGCGGAGGCUCGCACAGAAGCAAGAACUUAUUCAACAAGUUUACCCCCCUGCUUUCCCCUUUUCGAUGUGCGUUUUCGGACAUGCGGAGGUUACUGGAACCGUGUUGGUGGAUUUUGUUCCUGAAAAUCACCAGUUCCGUGCUCCAUUAUGUCGUGUGCUUCCCGGCGGUGACAGAAGGCUACGUCGGGGCCCUGCAGGAGAACAGACACGGCAGCUCAGCGCAGAUCCGCAGGCGCAAGGCCUCAGGCGACCCGUACUGGGCCUACUCUGGUGUCUAUGGUCCUGAGCACUGGGUCACAUCUAGUGUCAGCUGUGGGGGUCGCCACCAGUCUCCAAUAGACAUUUUAGACCAUCAUGCACGUGUUGGUGAAGAAUACCAGGACCUGCAACUUGAUGGCUUUGACAAUGAGUCUUCUAACAAAACCUGGAUGAAAAACACAGGGAAAACAGUUGCCAUCCUUCUGAAAGACGACUACUUCGUCAGUGGUGCUGGCCUGCCCGGCAGAUUCAAGGCUGAGAAGGUGGAAUUUCACUGGGGCCACAGCAAUGGUUCUGCAGGCUCAGAGCACAGUGUCAAUGGCCGAAGGUUUCCUGUGGAGAUGCAGAUUUUCUUUUACAACCCAGAUGAUUUUGACAGCUUUCAAACUGCCAUUUCUGAGAACAGAGUAAUUGGAGCCAUGGCCAUAUUUUUUCAAGUAAGUUAGCGGUGGUUAAAAUACUUCAACCGGAGAGUUUUCUGAGUAUUUUUUUAAUUUGUGGGAUUGUUCCAUGUUUAAUGAAUGCAUCUGUUUUC